AUGGCUAGAGAUCUUAGGAACCAUUCUGUUAUAACAUGUUGCGACUCUCGUAGUGCUUUGCAAGCAAUCAAGAGCUUAACCCCAUCGCAUCCAGUGAGCAAUAUAAGGGUUCUAGAUAAGCUUAUCCAUGAAGGAAACACCAUUACCACUUAUGCUUGGGGAAAGUCCACUUUCAGACGGUCUUUGAUUUUAAAAGAAUGUGGCAAUAAGAUCCUCCGCUUUAGAAGGGAAAAUCUGUAUUUGAAUACCGCUUUCCCCAUGAAAAUCCUGUUGGCCUUUCUUCUGACUGCGGCAAUACUGUCCGUGAUCCUCAUGUCGCAGUCAACCAUCGAACUGUACAGCAAACUCACCCGACCCGAAGCAGAGACACUCUCCCAGCCCUCCCCAGUAACAAAGGCAGUCAAAGAUCCAACCUUCAUGGAAACCUGUUAUACCUACGACAACUUUACCGCCAAUAACAUCUGUUGCAAGUUGAGGAAGUACAGUGGAAGUGACAUAUAUAAAUGUACUAGAGAAUUAUUCACUAAGCAGAUAUUACAAAACCGACAAGCCGCCAACACGACCUCCAAGACCAGCUCUGUCAACGACCUUGGGAGAAUACACAUCGCCCUUGUGGGAGACUCUCACAUGAGAGACCUUUUCGUCGCGAUGGCCCAGCGCGUAGAGGGGGAGGAGCUCCUGUACACGUUCGAUUCGCAAAAUGUAACUUGGCAAAGUAUAGGAUCUCUGUUCUACCAGAUGAGAGCGAGGAACAGAAUUUUCGAAUCAGUGAGGGUACGACACCUAGGUUUUCCCUUGCAAGUGUCCUGGUAUAAGGAUGUAGAACUCAAGAAAUUCGUCACAUUAAUUAAGAAGUGGGAGACAGGUGAAGAGCCGAAGCCUUCAUUCGUUAUCACAGGCUUUGGUCUUCACUGGAUGAAGAACUUUCCCAAGCCUAUAGGAGUUCAUUACAAGAAUUUCUUCACUAAACUGGUUCCCCAUCUCUCCCGCCUCGCUACGACUGUCCCUGUCUACUUCAAACUUGUUGAUUAUGUUCUUAGAGCAUACUUCGAGAAGCGACUAUAUCCCGGAAUAAACUUGGAGGCCAUCCCAGCGUACAACAUUAUCGCACGGGAGCAAUUGCAGGGGACCGGCGUGACCCUGUGGGAUUCCACAGUACCUCUCUCGAUUGCAUACGUCCACGAGUGCUUGAGAGAGAAGAGGAUCACGCCUGUGGUUUUUACUUGGAAAUGCCAAGACGAUUGCCACCUCGGAUACGUUAUGUUGGAACAGUAUGCAGACAUGGUGUACAAUGCUGCUUGUAAUAGAUUUCUAGGUCUAGGGGAUGAAUACUGCAAUGUUAAUGGGUGAAGAGGGAUUCUUAUAAAAAAAUAUAUAUAUAUAUAUAUAUAUUGUAUAUAAAUUUAUAUGUGUAUGGGUUUGUUUGUGUG